ACUCUACUCGUAACCUGAACUGGUUUGUUGGCGCAUGCGCUCUGUGACCACUGUCCACUUCAUUGAUUACAACUACUUCUUGUAACCUCUUGCAACUACGUGGCAGAAACUACGAAGAUGGAGUUAGCAGCUCUCGUUGCUUUAACAUUGUUACUAGGUGCCUUAAUUCUUCUUGUCGCGGUUGCAGUCAGAAAACAGAACGUGGAAACAGACGAACCAGAGCAGACAGCAGAAUCAGUGGCCCAAGAGAAUCACAAGCCCCUGACCACCAAGAAACCCAAGCCGGACAAGCAGCGCACCCGGAAGGACAAAGCCCAGCACAGCUUCAGCCACCCGCUGGUGGCCUCCACCCUGAAGAGCCACAGUGGAAACGUCACGUCCAUUGACUUCAGCAGCAAUGGGAAGUACCUUGCCUCCUGUGCUGAAGACCGCACCGUCCGGAUAUGGAGCGUGAAGGACUUCAUGGACCGGGAACACAAGUGUCUCCGGGCCAACGUGGACCUGGACACCGCCACCUUGGUCAGCUUCAGUCCCGACUCAAGGGCCUUCAUCACAUGGCUAUCCAAUGCAGAUACCAUCCGUAUAUUCAAGAUGAUCAAGAAGGAAGAUGGCACCUUCACUUUCAAAGCCGCUCCUGAGGACUUUCCACAGAAACACAAGGCCAGCAUUCUCAAUAUCGGCAUUGCAGAGACAGGGAAGUUCAUCAUGAGUGCCUCCUCAGACACCAGCAUCCACAUAUGGGACUUGAAAGGGGAGAUUCUGGCCUCUAUCAGCACUAACCAGAUCAACAACUCGUACGCUGCAAUCUCCCCUUGUGGAAGGUUUGUUGCAUCCUGUGGCUUCACCCCGGACGUGAAGGUGUGGGAGGUGUGCUUUGGGAAGAGCGGGGAGUUUAGAGAGGUGACGCGCGCCUUCGACCUGAAGGGCCACUCGGCAGGUGUUCACUGCUUCGCCUUUAACAACGACUCCACCAGGAUGGUGAGCGUGUCCAGGGACGGCACGUGGAAGCUGUGGAACACGGACGUCGAGUACAAGAAGCAGCAGGACCCCUACCUGCUGCGGACCGUCGGCUGCGACUCCUCGGAGGGCAGCCUGGCGGCGCUGUCGCCCGACGGCCGCGUGGUGGCCAUCAGCAGCGGCUGUGACGUCGCCAUGUUCGACGCCACCAGCGGCCAGCGGGAGGAGGAGCUCCGGGGCGUGCACAGCGGGGGGAUCACGGGGCUGCGCUUCGACAUCAACGGCCGCUUCCUGGUGUGCAGCGGGGACAAGGCCAUCCGGGUGUUCCACAACGCGCCGGGCUACCGGGCCGCCAUUAAGGACAUGCAGGAGAUGCUGAGGAAAGCUCAGAACGAGGCCAUGAAGCAGAGACUGCAGCAGCAGAUCAAAGACGCUCAAAGUGCUCUUGACACCGUGUUGGCGACUCCAACGGACUAAUGAAAUGAUCCUCGUUUCUCUAUUGUCCCACAUGUUCACAUGUUCACUCAACAACACAAAUCUCUGGCUGAACGCCACACCUUUUGCUAAAUGGCCUGCAUUUGACCGAAAGCCAUUUGUGUGAAGUUUUAAUAAAGUUGUUUUUAUGAAAGCUUUCUUCAGUUCUAUUUAAGCUUAUAUCCCUGCCAGACCCAAAGAAACGUAAUGUCAGUCAAAGAGAAAAUGUUAAGGCGGACGCCACCCUACAGACGUUAUCUGCCAUGCGUUAUGAGACCUCACCUGGUGACUUUUUGUAAAUGCAAGCGAAAACUGAAUUGCAUUGUACUUAAUGCGAGUAGGAAUCUCUCGCGAGAUUUGGAGUUGGAACAGCUGAAGUCAAAGACGCGUUUGCGUGUAGGAGUAAGCUUGUACACAAAUCUAUCCUUCAACAUGUCUGGACGCUCUGUACGAGCGGAGACCCGAAGCCGUGCUAAAGAUGAUUUCAAAAAGGUGAUGGCCGCAAUUGAAAGAGUACGAAGAUGGUAG